AUGCUUCGACAACAUGAUUCAACCAUUGACAACGCUGAAACAACUUCAAAUGACCAUAAUACAGAAUAUGAUAGCUUAUCGUCGUCGUCAUCAUCAAUUAUCGAUGAAGAUAUCGAUUUUGAUUUAGUUUAUUCAAUGCAUACAUUUGAAGCUACUGUUGAAGGUCAAGCAAGUGUAGAAAAAGGUGACUCUUUAACUUUGUUGGAUGAUUCUAAUAUUUAUUGGUGGUUAGUUAAAUUGACAAAAAAUGGAAAAACUGGUUAUAUACCGGCUGAAAUUAUCGAGGGGGAUAUCAGCGAAAAUUAUGACAUUCAAGAAGGAGGUGAAGGGGUCGAAGUAAUUAAAUGGUUUGAGGGUGUGAAUGAGGGUGAAAUAGAUCAAGGAGGUGAAGGAGAGAAAGAGAUAGAUGAGACGAACUAUGAACACGAAGAUGUAGAAAUAGCAAAAGAGGAAGAAAACAUGUCAAAUAGUCCUCAUAUUGAGAUUACAACACUAAAAGAUAAAUUUAUCUCUGCCUCUAGCACCACAACCAUUGGGAAUUCUUCAAAAAUAGAGACAGAAAAUGAUGUUAAUAAACAAGUAGUCGACCCAUCAAUUAGCCAUCUAUUAAGUCCAGAAGUUUCUCAACAAAAUAAUCAACUUUCUAAUAAUCUACAAUAUAAUCGCCAAAAAAAUGGUGGCAAUAUAGCACCAAACAAAAAUAAAUCGAAAAGAAAGCCUGCUGGAAUUCCUAUCAAACAAACAGUAAAUAAUAACAAUGUAUCGCCUGCUAAUCCAAAUGACUCUGUACCACCUCUUUUGGGUGUCUCUAAUGAUCAAAACCAGGCAAUCAAAUUGAACCUCUCACCUACUUUAGGCAAUGAAUUUAUGGACUUUACUGAUGAUGAUGACGUCGAGAAAGUUAACAAAAAGUCAAACAAAAGUGCCCUUAGAGAAUCUAAUAGAUCAACAGUCUUAAAAGUUACAGAGGGGAAAAAAGCUCAAAAAAAAGAAAAAGAAACAACAUCAAGAAAAAUCAAAAAUAUGUUUAUGUUCAAGAAAAUGCCAUCAAAGAAAAAGGAUGAUGACUCUGUCAAAUUAGAAACAAUAAAAAAAAUUUCACCAUCUAUGCCAUCACCAACUCACAUGCAAAUGCAUCAACAACAAAAACAUCAACAACAAACAACGAAAAUAAAACCACUAGAUCCUCAAUUGCCUCAACAACGAAAAUCUAGUCAUCAACGACAACAAAAAAAAAAUAAGUCACCAGGUGCUUUAUCUACGCAAGUCACUUGUAGACCCUCUCUUGAUACAGUUCCAAUCAAUCAAUCAACAACUGCCGCUGACCUUAUUAAACAAGCAAUAAGCCGAUUUAAAAUUGAUAAAGGAAAAAAUUGGGAAAAUUAUUAUAUUACAAUAAAACUAGCCAAUGGAGAGGAAUUAAAGUUGAUGCCACAUGACCAUCUUCUUGAGAUACAUCACACAUUAACUUCACUUUCAACUGCUUCAUUAUCAACCACAAAAAGAAGUUCCACAUCAUUUUCUAACACGUCAGUUCAUCCGACAGUGGAAAAUCUUGAAGUUGAUGAAAGGUCGAUUGAUGUCACCUUCUACUUGAAUAAAAAAUCUGUUGAUAGAAAUAAUAGCAGAAUAUCAUCCGUUUGUGAUAAGAAACUACGCUUACGCUUACGCGUUCUAAUAUAUGCUGAUGAUUUGCCAGCUCAUUUACGAUUUAAAAGUCCCCCUUCAACACCACCUCCGUCACAAAUACCAAGAAAAUCCAAGUCAGUGCCAAAACAUCUUAUUGAAAAAACUGGCAGAAGACGCUCACAUGAAAAUGGAAAACCAAGGGAAAAACAUUUAAUUGUUGAUGGUUUGGCAACUGUAUAUGAUGUUAUAUCGAAAUCUAUGAGAAAGUUUGGCAUUAUUGAUGGUGUUGUUGAUGAUGGUGAAUAUAUAGGACGCAAUGAUAUUGAUGAAGUACCACGUUAUAAACUAAUGCUUAGUUCAGAAGGAAAUGAAAAACUAUUGCAUCCUAAAACAGAAAUCCUGUCUGUUUAUCCAACACCUCCGAAUCUUAUACGUUUAUCAGUUGAUUCAUUAGAUUCCAAUUCUUCACUUGUACAAAAUUAUCUUCCGGAUGAACCUACAUUUGUUCUACGUCUAUCAAAACCUGAAAAUUGUAGAAAUCUUCAACGUGAAUACAGCAGAUCCAAGCAAAAAUCCAUUAUAUCAUCACAUAAAAAUUCUGAAAAAGGUGUUGAUAUUGUUACAAGUGAUGGUGCAAUUAGAAGUUCAAGGAUUUUUGAUGAGUCAAAAGUGCGUUAUUCAUUUAUUUUAACUGACGGAGAAGAAAUGGAUAUCAGUGAUAUUAUUGAAGAUGUUAUGGGUUUUGGCAAAAAGAAUCUUAAUAGAAGGAGUACUACUCAAGAUGUAGAUGUUUUGGUAAAGAUUGCAGAUGGUGCCCAAAAUAAUGAUAAUAAUAACAUAUCAUGUCAGUCAUUAAAUAAGAUUGACCUUGUGAUUGAAAAAGUAAAACGUAAUCCAUCAUACAGGUCGAGCAAUUCUAAAUUAAAUUUAAAUUCUAAUACAAAUCCCAAUUCAAACACAAAUUCAAACACAAAUUCAAACACAAAUUCGACAACAGCGACAAUAAAUCAAACCAUAGAGUCAGAAAAUAAGGAUAUAAUUGUUGAUUUGGUGCAUAAAGCUAAAACACCAUCAAAAAUAAGUAGAUCAUCUUCAAUUUCAUCGGCUAAUGAUUUUGGUUUGGAAGAAUUGUUGAUGCUUGCUAGAGGUGUUAACAAGUUGGAAUUAAAAGGACGUAGAAAAAGUGAUUGGUAUUUUAAUGAAGACCCCCAUAAAGUAUUGGAUCAACUUAAAUCAAUUGAAAUAAAAGAUAAAAUUAAAGAUAUUUUCGCUGAUAUUACUCAAGAACUUGAUAAAAUGGAUCAGGAUCUUGAUAAAUUACUAGCUGAUACAAUAAGAAUUUUUUGA